GUUAAAAUUUGAAAAGAUAUUUAUAAGCAAUUCAAUAUAAAAAACUUUUACUAUCCAUUUUCUGAGACAUUUAUUAUUAUAUUUAAUAACAUAUUUUUGUCUCUCUAAGGACGUACUAUAUUCAGUUAACAGUUUUGAUGUAGUAUUUUAUUGAAAAAUCUAGAUAUAUCCGUAUAUGAUUCAAUCAAAUAACUGAAAAUGGAAUUUCCUUUUAAAGUAGUAACACCUGAUAUAAGUUCGGAUAAUCAUGGACCAAGGGUUUACUGUCGUGUGUCAUGGAAUCAGAAGUGUCACGUGACGAGAACAAUUUGUCUCCGUAUCUGUCGGCGAGAUCACGGUUACCCCUUUGCCUACCCGAAGACGCCAAUAUGGAGAUGGCACUGGCACCUGAAUCCCCAAAAAUUGAACAACAGUCGCAAAAGACACUCGUUGUUGAGGUGGUGUCUCUAAGACCGAUUGAAAAAUUCCGCAGGGCCGUUGCUAAAAUGCCUAGGUUCUCUAAGAAAGAAACAGCUUCACAAGGGAAAUCCAGAAAUGUUCCAAAACUGGGUACUGAAGGUAUAGUUCGAAUGGAUGGAGGACGAACAAGUUUAAGAUUACCAACAAAUCGUUCACAAAAAUCCGAACCACCAAUGGAUUUAGCUCGGGAGAACCAGGCUUUACACGAGCGCCUGCGGGAAGAAGCUGCUCGAUAUGAUAGACGUUUAGACACUUAUAAAUUGGCACAACAGAGACAAGCUGUUCUUGUUAGCAGACUCCAAGCAAAGGUUAUGCAAUAUAGAGAACGAUGUGCCGAGUUGGAAAGGGAAAUGCGAAAUAGUAUUCCAGCAAUUGAUAAUGUUAGGAGUUAUCGUGAUUCAAUUAGAGAUUAUCAAUCAAUGGACUUGGACUCUGCUUUGCAUGCUUUGGAACAAGAACGGACCAAGUCGGAAAAAAUCCUUGAAUUAAAUUCUACUCUUAAAGAUCAGUUGGAUGAGGCCCAAACAAGUAAUGAAAUAUUAUCAACAGAUUUACAAAAACUAACAAGUGACUGGGAAAAAAUGAGAGAUGAAAUGAAUGCUAAAGAAGAUGAAUGGAAAGAAGAAGAACAAAUGUUUAAUGAGUACUGUUCAUUAGAACAUGGUAGAAUGAUGAGUCUUUGGCAAGAUGUAGCUCAAGUGAAACGAAUGUUCACUGAUAUGAAAUCAUCAACUCAGCAAGAUCUUAAUAAAAUUCGUAGUGAACUUUCAUUAGCAUCAAAUGACAUGGUUACUACUUGUAGUGGUUUAGUGAAUGCUGUUAAACGGUCUACAUAUGCUGAAGAAAAACAAUAUGAGCAACUUUUGAAAGAAAAUACAACACUUCAAAAUAAAGUAGAACAACUGCAAAAUGAUUAUGAGACCAUAUGUUCACAGUUACGCCAAAAAGAAAUGCAAUUAGAAGAUCUUAAGGCCAAUCUUUCUGAAAUUGAAGAUAAAUAUGUGGAUGCCAAUAAAAAUGAAAAAGAAGCAGACAAUUUACGUAUUGAUAUUGAUGUAUUAAUGUCUGGAAUGCAGGAUAUAGUUAAAGUAUUACAACAAGACAAAGAUAUUAUUGGUGAAAUAAUCAGACCUCCAGCUCCACCCCAUGUUCAUCUUAGCACCUCAAUUAUUAAAUCUGACUCAAAGUUGAAACCAGUUUCUGCAACUAGUAACUUUGUUGAUAGUACUUUGUCAGCUGUCCAGUCAAUUGUUUAUAGAUAUCAGUCUAAUAUUCAUGAACUUCAAAUUCAAUUAUCAUCUUGUGUUGAUAAAAUGUCAGAAACAAAAAAACAUUGUGAACAGUUGGAAAUAUUGGAAAAAGAAUUACAAAUAAAAAUUGAAGAAUUAAGUAAAGAACUAGAUGAGUGUCGUACUGUUAAUAAUCAAUUAGGACAUGAACGUGAUUCGCUAGCAGAAACACUUGAAAGACUACGGAAUGAAACUCAAGCAUUGCAGCAAAACAGAAUGCACGUUAGUGCUGUGGUAGAGAAUAUGAAUUCUGAUUAUGAUAAAAUACAAAAAUCUAAUAGUAAAUUACAAAAAUUAAAUGAUACAUUGGAAGAUGAAAAAAUGUUCCAACAAGGAGAGAUAGAUCGGUUAUUAAAGGAAAUUGAUAUAAGAAUAUUAUCAGAAAAUGAAGUACAAGAUAGGUGUAGCUGUUUAAAAGAAGAAUUGAUAAGUAUCAAAGAAGAAUUAAAUCAAGUUUAUUUGGAUAAAGAACUUUUAGAACAACGUUGUCUUGAGCUUGAAAUUUUGCAAGCAAAAAUGGAAAAAAAUAAGGGAGAUCUUGAAUGUGAGUUAGAAAAAAUUACAUCAGACCGAACUGAUUGCCAAGAUUCAUUAGCUAAAGCCGAGUCACUUAUUUUGGAUGCAAAUACAGAAAAAAUCAAACUACAAAAAGAACAAGAGAAAUUAAAUGAAGAAAAAAAGGAUCUACUAAUUAAAGUAGAUGAUUUAUCUAGUGAUUUAGUAGCUCUUAGAAAAGAAUUACUUCAAAUGGAGCAAGAUAAGCAAGAGUUAGAAGUUGAACGGUCAAGUAUUACUGAAAAAUGGAAAUCAACAUCAUUGGAAAAAGAGAAGUUGGAAAAUGAAUUAGAAGAAUUAUUGAAAGAUCGAUCUCAUUUGGAAGAUCAGUUGAUAAAUGAGAAACACAAAAAACAGUCUCUUAAUGAAGAAUUAAUUCGGUUAAAUCAAAAGAUUGAUCAUACUAUGGAAUCAAAUUCUAGAUUAAAUAUUCAACUUCAAAAUAUUAUAAAAGAAAGUGAAGAAAAACAGAUUGCUUUAGACGGGUGUGGUAAACAAUUAGAUAAUUUGGAACGACAAUUAUCUUCUCUGUGUGGAGAAAAAGAAAACCUUGAAGCAAUGUUGUAUGAUGUACAAAAUAAUUUGGGAAUAUCAGAAAAUCGGUGUAAGCAGAUGGAACGGGAAAAGCAAGAAUUAUUAAUAAAACAAGAAUCAAUGAAAGGUGAAAUAUAUCGCUUGUGUAAAGAUAUAGAAAAUUGUGAACAAGCUGCAAAUCAUACUAAGACUGAACUAAUAAAUCAAUCUAGAGCUUUGGAAAUAGAAUUCCAACAAACCAUUGAAACGUUGAAGAAACAAGCUGAAGAAAACAUAAAAAAAUUAUCAAACGAAAAAGAAACAUUAAAAGUUAACUAUGAAAGAAAAAUUCAAGAAGAUCUAAACCGAUUAGGAAAAAGCAAAGAUAAUGAUAUAGAAAAAUUAAAACAAAAAUUAGAUGUGUUACAGAAAAAUAUUGACACUAUAACGCAACAACAUGAUGAAGCGCUAUUGAGGGCUGAAAAUGAUAAACAACAAACUUUAUUAUUAGUUCAUCGAGAUCAAAAAGCAGUAGUUACUAAAUUAGAAAGUGUUAAAAAAGAAUUACAAGGAGAAAAGGAGAACUAUGAACGUUCCCUUAGAGAGACACGUGGAAAAUUAGAGAAUGAAAAGACUUUGGUAAGCUCAUUGCGUGAACAGUUAGCCAAAGUCAAAAAUGAAUUAAAUGAAUUACGUAUGCAAUCUGAAAGUGAAAGAAAUCAAUUAGUAAGUCAAAUAGAUGAAAUUCAAAUGGAUCGAGAUAAACAUAUACAAGAAUGUAUGGAAAUAAAAUCCCAACUUUGCAUGGCAGAAGAUAAACUAGAUAAUUUCCAAGCUCAUUUGAAUGAUAUCAGUAGAAAAUUAAAAGAAUCUGAUUCGAUAGCUGAUCAUACACGGAAAGAUUUGAUGGAGACCAGACGAAAUUUAAAUGAAACUACUAUUGAAAAAGAAAAAUACCAAAGUUCCAAUAGAGAAUUACGAGAACUUAUUAAAAGAUCUGAAACUGAUAAGCGUGAACAAGGAAGACAUUUAGAAGACGCCCUACAAAAGAUUGCUGUACUUGAAGAAAAAUGUAAUCAAAUUGAAGGAGAGCGUUCACGUUUAAACACUGAAUGUAAAGAAGCUAGCAAGAGACUUGAAGAAACUGAAAAAACAUGUAAAGCACUACAAGAAGAUCUUCAACGAGCAGCUGUAACAGGAGAAUCUCGUAGAAAUGAACAUAAACAAUUACAAACAAAAUUGGAUGCUGAAUCUGAAGAAAAGGAACGGGCUUGUGAACUUGCUCAACAACUUAAAAGAAAAGUUAAUGAACUAGAAGGAAUUUUGGAGGGUUAUGAACAAGAAAUCAUGCGUUUACGUCAUCGUGUGGAUGAAGAUGAUUUGCGUUGGAAGACUCGUGAACAAGAACUACUUGAUCGUCUUGAAGAUGGAAUUGGUCAUGAAAGAAAACUUGAAGAUCAAAAACAUAAUUUAGAAGUCUGCUUAUCUGAUCAAACUGUUCAGAUUCAAGAACUGAAAUGUAAAUUAAGUGCAUCAGAGGGCCGUCUUCGCGCAGCAGAUGUUCAGCUUGCAGAUUUAGAGAGAACUAAACGUGAUGUAGAAAAUCGACUUAAUACAAUAUGGUCGACUUUAAAACGUGUUACUGGCAUGCAAGCAGAUGGAUCUGUCAGAAUAAGGAAAUGGAGUCCCAGCAGAAUUUUGGACCAAGGUUCUGAAUCAGUUCGUAUGGAUGGUAAGGUAGUGGAUCCAGAAGUAGUUAAAAAGGGUGUAAGAAAUUUAAUGCAACAAGUAGCACUAGUAGAAAGAGAAAAAGAUGAUUACAAAUCUCAACUAGCAAAUAUGAGUCGGCAACUUGAAGAAAUUGGAGAUAUCCAUAAAAAAACAGAUAGUAAAUUGAGUUCAACUAUUCAGAUUUUAAGGAAACUUCAAGAUGAAAAAGUUGAUCUAGAAUCAAAACUUGGACAGAAACAAACUAUACUCUUAUCUCAAGCAGCAGAAAUUAAAGAAAAAUCUGAUGAGAUUAAGAAAAAUAAAGAAAUAUUAACUAGCCAAGAGACUCUCAUGCAUGCUGACAAAAAUGAAAAAAUGCAAUUGAAAGAACGUUUAGAAAAGUUGAAAAUUCAUUUAAGUCAAUUAGAAGCUGAGAAAAGACAUCUCCAAGAUGAGUUGACCCAAACUGAAUCAAAAGCUACAAAACUAGAAAUUCUAAGAAUUGGCCUUGAUGGAGAUUUACAGCGGUUACAAAUUAUGUUACAAGAAAAGGAUGGUCAUAUUCAAAAACUUGAAGAUAAAUGUGAAAGUCAUUCUAAAGCUUCUGCUGCACUCGAGGAAAGAUGUGUUUUAUUAAAUGCUGCAAUUGAGCGCUUGAAUGCUUCAUUAGCACAAGCUAAUGCUAAUGAAUGUGAUUUAAAGGCUCAAAUUCAAGCACUUCAAAGAUCAUUACAUGAUGCUUCUUUGUCUUCUGCUUCUCAUAAUGACAAAUAUAAACAAUUGCAAAGAGCAUUACAAAAUUGUGAAAAUGAAAAAAAAAUUGCUAUGGAACGUUUGGACGUAGCACAGCAUAAUUUGGCUGACUGUCGCCGUGACCAACAGUCAGUGAAUGAGUCAAUUAUUAGACUUCAGAUGGAUUUAGAAAAUAAAGAAGUACAAAAAUCUAAUUUAGAAGCUCAACUUAGAGCUUUGGGAAAUAAAUCACUGCCAAGACAAUCAAAUAAGGAUCUCUAUGAUGAAAGUUCUGAUCUUAGAUUUAAGUUGCAGUCACUUAAUGAUAAGGUACGUUUGCUAGAAUCAGAAAAACGUUGUUUGGAGAAAAAAGCUUUAUCGAGAAGUAAAAGUUUUGAAAGAGUAGAUUAUGAAGGAAAAUUUAGUCAAGGUGGACGAUUUUUAGAAGAAAAUAGAGAUUUAAAAAAUAAAUGUGACGAUUUAGAAAGAAGAUUAUAUGAAAAAGAAGUUGAGUUGAAAAAUCUCAAACUAUCUUCUUCUGAUUACAGCUCAAAUAUACCUGUAAAACAUACAGAUUUAGAACGCUAUCGAGCAGGGCAGUUACAAGCUGAACGCAUGUUAGAAGCACGUGAGCAAUCACAUAGACAACAAAUACACAGAUUAGAAAAUCAAGUCGCAAUGUUGAGGGAUCAACUAUCAGAAGAAACUAAGAGACGACAAGCAUACAUAAAUAAAACGUCUAAAACUAGCCGUGAGGCUUUAGCAUUGAGGCAAGCCUUGGACAAAUCAUUGUCAAAAAUUGCCCAAGAUCCAUCACCAGAUGCUACUUUAUUGAAACACGAAGCACGCACUUUGCAUCAUGCCAUUCCAUUGUCUAAGUAGAAUUGUUAGUAUGAUAUACAUUUUUAUGUAGUUCCUAAAUUAUAUAAAAUAGAGCACUCUAAAUGAUAAUUUUAGAUUUAUGCAUUAAUCUUUAUGAGAACUAAGGAUUUGUUUGUUUUUUAACUAUUUAAUUAUUAAUAGAUUGUAAUGAUUGUAUAAUGUUACAAAUGACACAUUAUUUCUAUUUUUCAUUGUAUAACAUAAAUCAAACUUCUAAUACCUAUUGAAACUCUCAAUACAUAAGUU